AUGAAGAUCGGGAAGGUCCUGAUUGCAGACGAUAUCGAGAAGGAAUGCGUUGACUUACUACAUUCUAACGGGAUCGAAGUAACAGUGAAAACUAGGCAGUCGAAGGAUGAGCUGAAGGUGUCCUUGGCGGACCAUGAUGCUGUGAUCGUCCGAAGUGCUACCAAGAUCACAAGUGAGCUGAUUGGAGCUGGUGCCGCAGGUCGUCUUAAACUUAUCGGUAGAGCUGGCACGGGUGUAGACAACAUCGAUGUCGAAGCAGCAACGGCGAACAGAGUUCUCGUCAUGAACACUCCUCAAGCCAACUCACGAUCAGCAGCCGAACUCACUUGCAUCCUCAUCCUGAGCCUCACCAGGCACGUACCUCAAGCCGACGCCUCUAUGAAGGCUGGUAAAUGGGCGAGAAAGGAUUUCAUGGGAGAGGAAAUAUUCGGGCGCACUCUCGCAAUUCUGGGAUUAGGUAGGAUUGGAAGUGAAGUCGCUACGCGCCUUCGAGCUUUUGGGAUGCGAGUUGUUGGCUACGAUCCGCUGCUCACCAAAGAGCAAGCGGCAGCGAAAAAUAUAGAAUUAUUGAGUCUGGAGGAAAUUUGGCCUCAAGCUGAUUUCAUUACUGUUCAUGUUCCUCUUAUUCCAGAGACAGAGAAUCUCAUCAACGCUGAAACACUUAACAAGUGCAAGAAAGGAGUGAAAAUUAUUAAUGUAGCUCGUGGUGGAAUAGUUAAUGAGCAGGACCUAGUGGAUGCCCUUAACUCGGGGCAGGCAGGUGGAGCAGCCCUCGACGUUUUUGCAGAAGAGCCUCCAAAAUGCCGUCUCCUGGUUGAGCACCCGAAAGCGAUCUGCACUCCUCAUUUGGGGGCGUCAACUAUCGACGCUCAACUAAGAGUGGCCACUGAAAUUGCCGAAAACAUUGUGCAACUCAACAACGGAAAGGUGUUGGGAGUGCUCAACGCAAAACAAGUUCUAUAG